AUGAGCACAUCAAAUGAAGAAAGUCAAUUCCAUACUCAAGCAUCCCUACCUGCAACAUCAUCUCGCUCAAAGCAUCGCGAUUUUUCUAAAGUAACGUCCAAUUAGAUUUCAGAAAAAACACCUAUUGGAGAUCCGAGUUAUAGAUACAGUGUUCCUAUCAAGCAGCGGCAUGGGCAUAGUCUAUUACUUCCUAGUAAGGAAUCAUCAAGCCCCACAAUAGAGCCUCAAACUCCUGCAAGCACCAAUAUUUGAAUAGAAAAUCUAUGUGAUGCAGCAAAAGAAGGCAAUAUUGAUCAGCUUCAUGAGAUUUUAUUAAAUUAUUCUAACUCCCCCCUUAAGAGCGAACAAAAAAAUCGUGUUCUCUUACGGAGGGGUGUUAAUUUUUUUUUAAAACAAUUUAUGUAUAAAAUUUUAAAGAAAAAUUUAUUUUGAAAUUUAAAAAAUUCCUAAUUUACAAAAAAAUUAGAAGACAAUAUUUAAUUUAAUUUAUAAAAUUUAUGUUUUAAAACGCAAUUUUUUUAAAUUAAACAGAAUUAGCUACAGAUUUCAUUAUACUAAUUUUCAUUUAUAUAUCAAAAUUAUUUACCAUAAAAAAAUUUUUGUUCACUCACGUAGGGUGGGUUUUUUGGGCAAAAAAAUAAGGAUUUUUCUAAUGGUUUUGUUUCGCUCACGGAGGGGGGAGUAAGGAAAAAUCAUUAUUUUUAUUAGAAGAGAACGCAAUCGACCUAAUAAAUGGUCCUUCAAAUAAUAGAUGAAGACCAAUUCAUUUUGCAUGUCUGAAUGGACAUCAUAAGCUAUUGCGAGAGUUAUUGAAUUUAGGUGCAAGCUGCAACUUAGAAACAGAUGACCACUGAACUCCUUUGCAAUUAGCAUGCUAUUAUGGUUUUUUGCCAUGUGUGGAAGCUCUCUUGCACUCACCGUUGAUUCAGAUUAAUAGGAUGAGUGAAGAUAAAGGAACAGGGUUACAUCUAGCAUGCGAGACAGGGCGCACAAAAAUAGUUAAACUACUGCUAGAAAAUAAAGCUGAUAUUAAUUUAGAAGAUCCUUAUGGAAAAGUUGCAUUAGAGUUAACUCAAAAAACAAAAAUCAUUGAAUUAAUUCCCCAAUAUACAGGUGAAGGAGAAUUGUUAAAAUAUUCAAAAAAAGAAAAUAUUGAAAAGCCUCCUUGCUUCAGCGGGCAUGUAUAUUGGUCAGCUCCUUGACAAAUUAACGAUAAACAUGCUUUUCUAGUACUCAAUAUAAACGAUGGGCACUUAAACCAUUACCAUCAUAGAAUUUCAUUUUUGGAUUCUCAGCCUCCUGAUUUUUGCAUAAAAAUAAAAGACAUAGAAGAUGUCAGGAUUUUUUCUGAAAAAGAAAACUCUGAUAAGCAUUUUUUCAUUAUUGAAGCUAAAGAAAAUACCCUGAAAUAUUACUGCAAGUUUGCUGAUAUGACAAGAGUUUGAGCUGACCAAAUAUUAGAAGCCAUAAAAUAUUUGCAAAUAAGUAAGAAAAGGAGGAGCAGCUUUGAAGAGUCUGAAGAUGAAAAUGAAGAAAGGUUUAGGAUAAAGCCAAGAUAUUUGCAGUUUGAAGAAGAUGACAAACAAAUUAACACUGAAGAAGACACUGAAGAAAUUAUUAAUUUUUCCUGUUUUGACACAAUUGAUGAAAUAUCUGCAGAAACUUAUGGAAAAUCGUUUUUAGUUAGAAAAAAAAAUACGGGGGAAAUGUUUAUUAUAAAAUCACUUGACAAAAUUACAUUAAAAAAGAAUGACCAAAUAAAAUACGCCAUCUCAUGCAGCAAAAUUUUUAAGACAGUUAGGCACCCGUUUAUUAUGGAUAUGUAUUGGGCUUUUCAAACACCUAAAAACAUAUACUUAGUUUUAGAAGCGUUUAAUUAUGGAAGUCUCAUGGAUUUAUUAAAAACCAAAAAAACUCUGCCUGAGGAUGCUGCGAGGUUUUAUAUUGCAGAAACAUUACUUGCUAUUGAGCAUCUUCACUCGUUAGAUUUUGUAUAUAAAGACUUGAAGCUUGAAAAUAUUUUAAUUGACAUGCAUGGGCAUGCAAAACUUUCUGUUUUCAAUUUUACUGAAAAAAAAGAACUAUCUCCUAAUGAGCCUCCAAAGAUUAUUGCUCCAGAACUCCAAAACCCCGGAGCUUAUAAGCAAGUCGAUAUUUAUUCUUUGGGAGUUUGCUUAUUUACUUUGCUAGCAGGAUUUCUUCCUUUUUACUCUGAAGAUCUAGCAUCUUGGCACAAAAAAAUUAAAUCUGGAGUUAUAAGAUAUCCGCAUUUUAUUACACAAGAUGCAAGAAGUCUAAUUCAUAUGCUGAUGAAUAACAACUCUGAUAAGAGGCCUGCUAUUGAAGAAAUAAAAAAUCAUGAUUUUUUUAGAGAUAUUAAUUGGAGUGAUAUUUAUGAAAGAAAAGCUCUUCCACCUUAUACUGGAGAUAAUUUAAGAAGAAAAAGUGAGACUGAAGAGACGAGGACUCCUGUAGAGGAUGAGCAUGAAAAUGCUGAAUAA